AUGGUCACAAGACACACGACAAGAGAUAGCUGUUGGAUUAUUAUCAAAGACUGUGCAUACGACGUUACGGACUUUUUGGACUUGCAUCCGGGAGGGCAACAUAUCAUUCUCAAACACGCUGGGCGAGACGCUACAGACGCUUUCGAGUCAUUUCAUUCAGAGGAUAUAUUGUACAAGCAUAUCGGAUCGAAGCAAACAAUUGGACAAGUUAUCGGUACAAUGGCUCCACUUACAAUCCCUAAAGACGAACCUGGAGCUGUGAAGCAAACAGGUCCCCAGCUCUUCUCAAUUUUGAACGUUGUCGACUUUGAGAAGGCAGCCUCUCAGGUUUUGCCUCCAAAAGCCUUCGCUUUUUUCAAAUCCGGUGCCGACGACGAAACGACCACCAUAUGGAACCAGAAAUCGUGGCAAACAAUUAGAUUCCGGCCGCGUGUUCUGAAGCCUAUAGAGGCUGUUGACACCUCUACGCAAUUGCUUGGGACCACAUUUUCUGCCCCCUUUUUCAUUAGUCCAGCUGGCGGCGGAAAACUUGCUAAUCCAACGGGCGAGGUUCUCAUGACAAAAGCAGCUGCGAAUGAAGGCAUCCUCCAAUGGGUCUGCAAUAAUGCAGGCAGUACCCAAAGGCAGAUGGCAGACGCCCGCGGACAGAAUCAAACCCUGUACUGGCAGAUUUAUGCGAUGAGAAAUCUGUCAAUUACAGAGCGCGAGAUCCGACAAGCAAUUGCUUCUGGGUACAAGGGCUUUGCUUUGACGGUUGAUGCGAUUCAAGUUGGAAAGCGGGAGAGAGACAUGCGAUUGAACAUUGCCGAAUCUGUCCCAUCCGGAAACGAGGAUGAGGAUAAAGAUCUGGGCUUAUCUGGCGGGAUUUCCGUAACACGCCCGCAUGUCUACUCAAAGUUCGACUGGGUUUCAGCUGUAAAAUGGCUUCGAGACAUUACAGGUCUACCAAUCGUCAUCAAAGGAAUUCAAUGCUGGGAAGAUGCCGUACUUUGCAUGGAACACGGCGUCCAUCCCUGGCUAUCCAAUCACGGUGGUCGCCAGUUGGAAGGCGCACCCUCAGCACUCGAAACGCUGUUGGAAAUAAGACAACAUUGUCCAGAAGUUCUCGACAAAUGCGAAGUUAUGGUGGACGGCGGCAUCACGAGGGGAACCGACAUCGUGAAAGCACUUGCGCUUGGCGCCAAGGGGGUCGGACUCGGCCGCGCUUUUCUCUACGCGCUGGCUUUUGGCGAGCCAGGAGUCCGCCGAGCUAUUCGCAUCCUAAAACAAGAGGUGGAGACUGCUAUGGCUCUGUUGGGCGUUUCAUCGAUCGACCAGCUGAACCCGUCACAUGUUGACUCAUCGGGGCUAUAUCUUGCUGCCGCAGUUACAAGAGCACGCCUGUGA